AUGGCUUUUGACAGCUUCAGCCGGGAAGAACGACUUGUUCUCGUGACGGGUGGCAUCGUGGCCGUGUCUGCCCAGUUCCAAGGCUGGAAGUUUGCGGCCUAUGCAAUAGCAGCCGGCGUGUUCGUUUGCCUGCUGGAAUAUCCCCGCGGGAAAAGGAAAAAAGGUUCCACCAUGGAGAGAUGUGGCCAGAAGUAUUUGACAGUGGUGGUGAAGGUGUUUGGACCCCUCACUAGGAAUUACUACAUUCGCGCCAUCCUACACGCAAGUUUGGCUGUCCCCGCGGGGUUCCUGCUAUCCACCAUCCUGGGCACUGUAUGCCUGGCUAUAGCAAGUGGCAUCUACUUACUGGCUGCCAUCCGUGGCGAAGAAUGGCAUCCCAUUGAACCCAAGGCGUGGGAGCGGCAGGAAGUGGGAACCACGAUUAAACACCCGCCGACCAACCCGCCGCCUCGACCACCCGCAGAAGCGCGCAGGAAGCAAGCCGACGAGGAAGCCACGGCUCAAGGGAAUGUUCACCAAACAGCACAAUAAAAUGUUAGAUCAGGUUUCCCUCUCCCUCCAUUUUGGAACUGCUCACUCUCAACAGCAACACAAAUUGUAAAUU